AUGAUAAGCCACGAUGCGUCCAAGAAGGAGUCUGUCAGUACAGACAUGGACACGGGGAAGAGGAAACCUCAUAAGCAGAGUUGGGAUUAUGUUUGGAGAACGGGCGUAGCGGGAGGAAUGGCAGGUUGCGCAGUUCGUUCCCCAAUAUAAUACUCUACCCUCAAGAUUAGAUAAGAUUAUGGAUGUGCUAACACUUUGGUACUCAGGCAAAAACCGUUGUCGCUCCCCUCGAUCGAGUAAAGAUCCUCUUCCAAGCUUCCAGUCCACAAUUCGCAAAAUAUACCGGCUCUUGGUUCGGUGUCGCAACAGCCAUGAAAGACAUCUACCGCGAAGACGGAACCAAAGGACUCUUCCGGGGUCACUCGGCUACCCUCCUACGCAUCUUCCCCUACGCAGCCAUCAAAUUCCUCGCCUACGAGCAAAUCCGCGCUGUUAUAAUCCCCGGUCCUAACCAUGAGACGCCUAUGCGGCGGUUAAUCAGCGGUUCCCUAGCAGGCGUGACAUCCGUCUUUGUAACCUACCCUUUGGAAGUAAUCCGUGUACGUCUAGCCUUUGAAACGAAGCGGGACUCGCGCUCUUCUCUGAGCCAGAUUUGUGCGCGGAUAUAUAAUGAGGUUGUGCCUCCUCCGCGGAGUUCCAAUACUACUGGAGUAGUGACAGCCGUUCAUGCUGUUACGCCUAAAAAUGGCCUUUCAAAUUUCUAUAGAGGCUUUUCGGCAACCGUCUUGGGCAUGCUCCCCUAUGCAGGAAUGUCCUUCCUCACCCACGAUACCGCAGGCGAUAUUUUACGUCACCGCUCCCUAGCACCCUAUACCACGCUCCCCAAGCCUGCCAACUCUCCCGCGCAUAAACCGCCACCUCUGCGUUCUUGGGCGGAGUUGUUCGCAGGUGGAAUGGCAGGACUCGUUUCCCAGACCUCUGCGUACCCAUUCGAAGUCAUCCGGCGUCGAAUGCAGGUCGGCGGUGCGGUGGGAGACGGGCAUCGAUUAAGUAUUGGGGAGACGACGAAGAUGAUACUUAGAGAGAAGGGGGCGAGGGGUUUUUUCGUUGGACUUACGAUUGGGUAUGCGAAGAUUGUGCCGAUGGUUGCGGUUAGCUUCUAUGGGUAUGAGAGGGGAAAGAUGUGGUUGGGGAUUUAA